AGACGUCUAUGUGAGUGUCGUAACUCUGAUUUUCAACGGCUCUGCGUGGACCGAUCUGCGUAUGACCGCGAGACGAUUCAAAGGCUCAUGAAUAUUAUGACGCCAUGGAAAGUCGCUUGGUAAAAUAGCGGACUCUGAUGAAUAUUAGGAAUCAUGCCUUCGUCAUAGUAGCCUAGGAUUGAUUUCGUCUAGCAGCAGAGAUCAUCUCCCGUUACUUUCAAUUUUUGGUAGUUCCGUUAGAAUGGACGUCGAGUCCGAUAUCAGCCGUACUGACCGCUCCAGCACAAACUCCAAUAUAGAGAGUCUGGGUCUGACAAACUCCACUUUAACUUAUGAUGGGAACUUUAUUCGCUCUUCUGCUGGUGUGUGUAUGACGGGAGAAAUCGUGUUUGGACUACUGGUGUGGACUCUGAUCGGUGGGACAGACUACUUCCACGCGCAUGCGCUUGGAUGGGUAAUGUUCGUAUCCGUUUUCUACUGGGUUUUUACCAUCAUUCUCUUUCUCCUAUACCUGACCAUGACCCAAACCAGGAUUCCUCAGAUCCCGUGGAAAACCCUGGGAGUAUGUUUUAAUGGCAGCGCCUCGGUACUGUACCUGACAGCAACUGUUAUUAGUGCUGUAUCGUUAAAUGUAGCCAACAGGGGGCGCUACUAUUUCAUUAGCUGGGUGGCAUCAACGAUAUUUGCUUCAUUGGCUAUGUUGUGUUAUGCAGGAAAUACAGUCGUGAUUCUCAAAUCACGGAGAUCAAAAAGUGAAGACACAUAAGCCAAGUGAAGACUGGGAUCAUAAAUAAAUAUUUAACCCUAUAUUUCAUAGACAGAAUUUUGCUGUGAUUGUAGCAUUGUUCUAAUCAUAACUCUAUUGAAAUAACUCUAUUUAUUUUUGUAAAUCAGUUUUUAAAAUAGAUCACUUUUUAUACGAAAUUGUUAUUCAAUAAUCAAUACACCAAAUCACAGCAUUCUCACUGUUUAUGUACUUUAUAUUAAAGUUGAACAUUAUUUUCAUCUUAAAAUGAAAAUAUUUAGACUCUUAACAAUGGCUCCACUAAAGAUAUUUGGUAUCAUCAUUUGCUUCACAGUCUAGAACAUGUAUGCCAGCAGCUAUCAGCUAAACCACUUAAUUCACGCACAGUAUGAUCUGCAUCUUGUAGAUCAGAGCUUUGAGAAAGCUGUGUUUUUCUGUUUGGCAAAUUAUACUUUUUACAGGUUUGUUGUUUCAGAUAGUUAUCCUUCUUAAAGACUUGAAUUAUUAUUACUAUCAUUUCUUGCUUAUAUCUAAUGGUUUGUACCCAGUCCUACCAUCUGAAAAUCUUAAAGUUUAUUCUUUUUAUUCACUUGGUGUGAUUGUACUUUUUUGUCUACUAGUUUUUUGGGGUUUGCUUGUGCAGACAGUGUUUCCAUCACAAUAAGCAAAAUAUCUGUGGAGAAAGAUGUGUUCUUUUAUCUUUUUAUAAGUUUCCUUUCCAUGAAUUUCUUAUACUUAAUUUUCAUUAUACAAAGCUUUUGAUUUUGAAAAUUGUGAAAGAAACAUGAGAAUGCAUUCAAGUACAUAUUGCUAUAUUUUAUUCACAUUCAUGGUACAUAAUCAUUCCUCAUUACAAUAAAAUGAUCAGAGGCAUUUUAGAAAUAAUCAUAAUAAAAGAAACAAGAAAAUAUAAACAUGAUUAUGACAGAACAUGACUAAAUCAUUUUUUAAUAAUACCGAUUUAGUGUUGAUUUGGAGAAUAUGUAUUCAUUUUAGGCCUAAAUACAUAAUUUACCUCCCUCCAACAGCUCAGAACGAAAGAACACUACUAAGAACGUUACUUAGGUUAGUAGGUGAUUUGUUAACUGGAAUUAUGUAUGAACCCAUACUGUACUGUAUGACUUUAAGUUGAAGUUGUGUUGGUAUUUGUGUUAGAGUAGUACACAGCCCAGUGAGCCCCAAGGGAAGUGAGAGCAAAUCCAUUCUGUCGGCCACUGAGGAAACGUAGUUCACUUCCAUCAUG